UUGCAUAUUUAGUUUUUGUCUGUAGUAAAAGCAUUACAUUGCAGGCAUAAAGCCAGUGUAUAAGCUUAUCAGCUUCUAUUUAAAGCUGAGUGACUCGGAAAUGACAGCUUUGAACUACCGCACAGAAAAACACACCUUUGUAGUUCCUGUUUACAAGCAGAACCUGUUUCCCCAGACUUCCUGCUGUUCUUCUCAACUUAUGCGUCUAAUGAAGUGUUACCAAGUACCCCAUUGUUGUAUGUCUUCAUAUGCUGUGUGAAUGGAACUCGGUACGCAUUCAUGUCAAGUCGUCCAAGUAUUAUCUCAGUGUGGGACUAAAAUGAAAUAUGGUUUCUGCUGAAAAGAAAUCAAGGACAAAAAGGAAAGAUGAAAAGAGAGAGCUGUACUGCGGCUGGGAGAGCUCUGGUGCAGACACCGGACCAAAUGAUGAUCAUGCACUUUACGGCUGGCUGAAGUCUAAACAGCAGGAGAAAUGCAGAUAUUUGGAUGAAAGGAAUGUUGUGAUAUCGCCUCAUUUAACUCUUACAUCCUGGUUUCCUGGAGAAGAAGAAAACGAUGUGGCAGAAAAACCAUACCCAAGAUGCGACACAUUUCAAAAUAAUGCUCCCUCUAAUGAAUCUCCCGUGGCUCUCCCGGCAAAGCCCAACGAUUUGAUCCGAAACACUUCAGAUAUGGUCUGUUUUCCAAUAAAAUCCAUGUACACUCACUCAAUGACCCAUAAACAAAAUAUCAUUUAUAGCUGCAGUCCGAACACUUCGGAGCUCAAACAGAGUCAGCCUUUACUGCGGUGGGCUCCUGACACUCGUGAGCAGACAUCUGAGGAAGCGGUGCCCUGGCGAUGUAAAGGAUUUGCUCCAGUGAACCGUCAAGCAAAACCUGCUGAACCUCUGCAUCUCUAUAAAUGGCCAGCUGCCCAAAGACUGGAAUGGUGCAACGAGAACCUGGCCAGACUGGCACAUCUGGGCGUGCAAUCAUCCAAAAACGCACUGCCUGCUUGCAGACGCAGGUCAGUGAUCCAGAGGCCAUUUAUGGGUCAUAAACGAGUGCAGGUGCAUAACAGACAUGUAGAGAAAAGUUUCUGCUGGACAUCAGCCUGCCCUAAAGGCCUGCUCAAUGAAGAUGGCACAAGGCCAACUACACUAGAAGACCCUUGUAACCAAGCCCUGUAUGGCUGUUUGUGGAGUGCAGUGCAAGCAGAAGGAGAAGGAUCCAGCAUGAGACUGGAGCAACAAGGCAACGGUCUCAAGGUUAAUGGAAACAGUGUGAGCUGGUUGUCGGACAUUCUGUAUCCAUCAGGAUGCCAUGGGAACAGCACGUCCGCAGCCAUUUCCCACGAUAUCACCUUAUUGCACAUUCUUCAAGCGCUGGAGAGCAAACCAGUGCAUUUCUCACAGGUCAGAGGACAGAGACGGCUCGAAAUAUUUCCUAGACUGAAUGCCUGAAUCCAUCCUUGAGAAGAAUGUGAUCCAUUCCAAAACUCACAACACAUCAGCAGCCAAACAAGGUCAGAAUAUAUUUUAUUCAAAGACGUUUUCUCUACAGUGUAAAAGGUCAUGAAUUGAUGAGGCGCAUUAUUUGUAAUGAAGCUGUGAGCUGAAACUAAUUAAAAUUCUGAAGAUGCCGACCUGCAACAUUCAUACAAAAAAAACAACAGCUACACGUGUAGGAAUGUCACAGGUGCACGGCGAUAUAGAAAUAAGUCGUUAAAAAAAGUUCAGGAGGUUGUAAGAAUGCACUUUUACAACCAAAAGCUACUGUACAAACUCUAAAAGAAAUAGAAAAUAGGAGUUGUGAACAUAAUAUGUAAAAUAGAAAUGUUAUAAACAAAUCAGUAUUUUAAAUGAGAAAUCGAUUCCAGCCAUUGGAGCAGUAAUUCAACAAGUUAUACCACAAAUUCUCUCACUGUUUUUUUUUUCUUUUUCAUUUGAAAUUGAAGCUGAAGCACACAUGGUACAAUAGAUAUGUUUUGUUAUGUUACAAGACACAUAAUAUAUACUGUACAAACUUGAGAAAAUAAACUAAGAAAAUCUGA